GAUGGAAUCGCCCUACGACCUCGCAAUUUUGGUGCCGUUCUCAGUGGAUCCUCGGGAAGACCUUGUAAGUGGCAACUGGAAAAAAGAAGUAACGCGCUCAAGCCUGAUUUUGCUAUCUACAGGGGAUUCCAUUUUUGAUGAAGUUGAAGUCAUGGAACGCUUAGAUGCGCGAACGUCCUUGCAACGAUUGACGAUGAGUAAGAUGCUAUCCAGGUUUGAACUUGAGCCAAAUAUUUUUCUUGUCAAGGUUGUGCGUAUCAUGAACAGAUUUGAUACAUACAGCGCUCGCGAUUUUAUCGUAAUCACACAAACAGUCGCAACUUCCACUACCUUUGUUUCUCUAUCAACGUCUGUUCCAUUCUCGGUAGACUCUCCAGCUUGGAUGAAGGCGGUCCUUCCUUACAUCCGUGGCCAGAUCAACCUAUUUGCAUGGGUGGUAGAGCGAGCCGCAGAAUGGGACGGGCUAAAGAUCACUUGUAUGCUGGAUACGACACCCGACACCGGCUUUGGUCCUGCCAGUGAUUGCGAGAUUGUAGUCAACCAGAUACCGCGUUCAGUGGGAGCUGCCGCAGAUCAUCUUCGAAAUAAAGGGUUUCUUCCGUAUAUCCUAGAUUACGCUUCCUAUGUUAGGCCACUGGGAGAAACCUAUGACCUUAAAAAUGGGACGUAUGGCUUACAAUGGGAGGUACUGGAUGCAUCAACUCCAAGCGAGCCAAACUUCUCUCAUCUGGGGCAAUCAGGCACAUCUAUUGUGUCAAGCGGUAGCUCAUUUGUGCAGCCCAUGGUCGAGAUUCGAAUAGAUUAUCGCAGAUGGGUCAAAGCGGGAGAGGGCCUGGACUUGAAGUUUGAGGCAAACGGGCGAUCGACAAGUGAAAUAUCCGUUGAGGUCGCCAUUGACAGUGAGGGUGGAUGGAAGAUAUCAUGUGCGGGUGAUGACGACCGGGUACACGCAGCAUUUAGUUUACGUCUCUCACAUACGGAGGUGCCUGGUGUCACAGUCAAUGGAGCUGCCAUUUCUGUUAUUGAAAUGAACCCUGCCCCUAUAGAAGAGGGCAUCAUCCGGCAUGGACAGGCAGAUGACCUUGAUGAGAAUGGUGAUCUUGAUGGUGGGAGCGACGACCAAUUGGUCUCUUCAGCUUCGAUGGGAGCAGAGUUACUCCGGAGGUCCGCGAGUUUGAUACUGGAGGGCGAAGUUUCAUGUGUUCCAACGCACGUGUCUCAAACGUCAGGCAUCUCGCUUCCCAUAUAUCCUCACCGGUUUGGGGAGUCUGUGAUUCGAGCAUUUGACCUAUUCAAUAAUCUUCUUUUCGAUGAAUCGUUCAAACACGUUUCGACCCAAAAGGAUGUCUCCAUAUUCAAGAAAGACGUCCCUGACCUUCCUGACCAUCCCACUGGAAUUCUGAAAGGGGUUGGAAUCUACCCUGUCACAGAUGUUAAGAGUAUAUGGGACAUCAUUGCUGUAGUGCAGACGGCCGGGGCUCGCAAAAUCUGGGAUACCAACUUUGAAAAUGAUACCAUUGUUGAGCAGCUCUCUGCAAAUUCCUUUAUAAUCCAUGCCAUGAACAAGGGAGUAUGGCCAACAAGCCCUCGAGAUGCAACGGUAGUGAGUACAAUUGUUACAGGAGACAGCCGAAUACAGAGCCUUGUACGAUCAGUUACGGAUGAUCCCAUCCUGCCGCCUGUUAAGAAUGGAAAUGUUCGGGCGCACGUUGAUAUUGCUGGAUGGGAUAUUGAAGCUCUAUCUGAUGAGACAAUCAAAGUUACACACAUUAUCCAGUUUGAUCCGAAAGGGUGGAUACCAUCAUCACUCAUCAGCGCAGUGUCAACCCAGCUUCCGUUAACGGUUGCAGCUGUUGUAGAUUAUUUGAAGCGAUUUGGGUCUCCACCUUAUGUGAUUGGAGGAUUGGGAAGUUGUGAGAUCAGCCGGGUACAUUAUUCACAUGAGAAGGGCCAAUAUGAACUCGCGGUAACCCCCAAACAGCGAGACGUAAACACCGCGGAUUUAGACCAAGAUCGAUAUCUGAGAAUCAGAGUAGACCUCAAGACAUGGUCUGGGGGCAAUGUCGACGUCGAAGCUGUUUCGGGAACGUGCAAGGUUGAUGUCAGCGUUCGGAAAAGCGGAAAGUACGGGGAUGACGGGGCAAUCCUUUGUGUCAAACGCCCCCAAGACGCAGAAACUGUCGUAAAAGUUCGAAAGGGGCUGCCAGGAAGCGGAAUACUGGUUAAUGGACAAUCGGUAGAAGUCAAUGAAUUUUCAGAGGCUUUUGAUACUGGAGGGCUGGUUGUGGGCUCACUUCCCGUAUCCAUUCCGACACCGCGUUCCCAUUCACCGGUGGGCUUCCCCACCAAAAGUCUGGGGUGGGAAUCUCCAGCAGGACGUCUUUCGAUGUCAGCCCUCGUACCAGGAGGACUAGGGAAUUGGUCUUCAUUAACUGACUUGGCGCAGGCGCAAGAUAACGCGGAAGCUGAAGAAGGGCUCUCGGCAGAAAUGCCAAGCGUUCUCAGCCCUGCUGUAGUGCCUGAACCAAUACCGACGGUUGAUAAGGAUAAGGAGCUCAGAGGGGCUGGCAACGCUGCUUUGGGGAAGCUAUUGCAGCUGCAUAAAUCCACGCGUGAUUGGACGCUGGUAUCGGCACUACGCUCUGGACUAUCUAUUCACCGCAAGACACCCACGGCAAUUGGUCAAAUGCCUAUCAUGCGAGGAACCAAGGUGGUUGAAGGGUUCGCUCCAGAGGAAGUCUUUUCCGUGAUCAAAGCGUUUGGGUGUCGCAAGAUUUGGGACGACUUGUUGGAAGACGGAAAACAGAUGCAGUAUUGUGGAGAGAGUACCCGUGUGGCAUACUUGACGAUGAAAGGAUUUUUCCCCAUGAGCCGACGGGAUCUCCUUACAAUAUCAGCUGAUAAAGUCAUUUCCAUCCAUCCAAACACAUCAUCACCUACGAUUGCCACUGCGGCUACUAGCGUCCCUGAAUCACUCUUAUCCCCUGAGAUACUUUCUGCCGUUGCUGCAGAGGCAGGGUCCAAGGUUAGAGGGACACUUGCAAUCGGUGGAUGGAUUCUUGAACCCAUAGAUCCGUACGAAGCCACGCAGCAGCACCCAAUACCGUCUACAAGAGCCACUGUGUACUACCAAGUAGACCUGGGGGGUUCGGUUCCGCAGGCUAUUUAUGGCUUCAUGGUCGGAAGCGCACCCAAAGAUCCCGCAAAUGUGGAGGCGUAUUUGAAGAGCCAUGGAAUCCCACCAUACGUUCUUGGAUUACUCGCUCGAGAUGAAAUCUCACAUGGAGAGCAGCGGCACGAAAAGUUGCGGGUGAUUAGUCAGGACUUUGAUCACGGCAGCAACGAGUUUGUUGCUGAAUUCGAGUUUGGAUCUGGUUGGACGGAAACCAGUCGCGCGAAAAGAGGUGGGAGGUUGGCGGAUCACCCACAAAGAAGCGAAACGUUUCACAUGGAGAUGGAUGCUCCUGGUACAGGCACAGAAUCUGAAUCCGAAGACCUGGAAGAGCCGCCGCUCAUGCUGGAAAUUAUCGUGGAUCUUGUCAGAUACCCUUCAGGCUAUCACGUCAAGUGGGAAACUGCCAAAUUGUCUGAAGCUGGCGUAAACUCUAAUGGCGGGACUGAGAGUACCGGGUAUGAAUCUGGAAGUGAAUCCGCUGGAGGGGCUGGGCUACAUGCGAAAGGAAAGAGAGAUGGAUUAGGAGCCCGUAAUGCCACGACAAAGGUUACACCAAAGAACAAGGUGACGAAGCAUUCGAUCAAGGUCCGAGUGCUUCGGUCUGCUAUACGUCAGUGGGAAUCUGUGCAUCGGCGUGGACACUCUCCAGUUCCGGCGUCGGACAUUUGUGCUUUUGCGGGUGCGAUUCGUGUUGUGGCGUCCAGCUCCAAGAAGAUUGGUGUGGCUGGCAUGCUGUCGUCUGCUGUUGGAGGCGAGAAUACUUUUACGGUCAUGGUAAACAACAAACGAGUACAUAUAGGCAAGCACGGCGAUGCGGAUUUGCGUGCGAGGGAAAAGGAGAGGCUUAGAAAGAAGAUUAGUCGAGGGUCCUUUGGAACGGCUCGAUCGAGUGUCACUGGAGGGGCUACGGCCGAGGCGGCGGGGUCUGCGGGCCAAACUCCUCUUGCAUCCGCCAAAAACAUUCUCAACGGGAGUUUCUUGUUUAGUCGCAGACGCCCAAAAUCUUCUCAUUCACUAGUCAGUGGAGAAGAAGGAGGUAUCGAAAUGAAGCAUCCAUUGCGCAUAUCGAGCCUACCAGCAUCAUCAUCGUCGCCGUCCCCAGAUAUACUAAAGCAGCUACCUACCGGGGGGACGUUUGGCCUACUGUCUCCGCGAAGUAAUCUAGCCGCUGCUGGAAAACGAAGGGCUUCCGUUGCCACCGUCUUCCCGACACAGGAAGCGUCAAGUCCAAAGACGGAAUCAUUGCGUUCUCAACGUGAGAUGAAGAUGGAAACACCGCCCCCUUUCAGAAGCGAUGAAGUCGACUCACCGCAUAAUCAACCUGGCGCAAAAAAUCACUCUGUGGAAGAUUCGCCGUCACGAACGCCCUUGACAGCACAUGAACACAGUGAACAAUGGACGUCUACUACCUACAGUCUGACCUUUCUGUUCCUGUGCGGCACCAUCGCCUUUUUGACUGGCGCUAUCCUCCGGUUGUUUGUCGUAGAUCCAUUCUCGACAUUUCCUAGCACAUCAAUCUGCCCUGUUCCCUCCAAACUCCCACCGGUUCCAACGAAUAAGCAGCAAUGUCCCCUUGUGUUCUGCCCACCAUGUCCGGUAUGUGCAUCUCCAGCGGCCACUGCCACUGUGACCGUCACUGUAACGGCAAGUAAUAACAUGGCAUCGGAGGCGGUGGAAACACAAGUGAUGGUCUUUGAUCCGGAAGGAGUUGGUGACUCGGGCCAUCGUGAACUGUAA